GCGGUCCUCCUCCUCUUGUAUCAGAGACACACACACGCACACACACUUACACACUCACACUCACUCACACACACACACCAGUCCAAACCCCCAGAAAAGCCCUGCUAGAAUCCUCACACCGUCUGUCAGCAUGGGGAGCGCUUGUUUUUCCCGGGACGUUUGUUUGUUUAUCCUCCUCAUAAAUACUUGCAGGGUGAUGGGGAAUGUCGGACUCGCAGAUGCAGACGAAUGCGCAGAGGGUUCAGACGAUUGCCACAUCGACGCCCUCUGCCAAAACACGCCAAAGUCCUACAACUGCAUCUGCAAGCCGGGCUACAAGGGAGAUGGCAAGCAGUGUGAGGACAUGGAUGAGUGUGAGAACGACUACAACGGGGGCUGUGUCCAUGAAUGCAUCAACAUUCCAGGGAACUACAGGUGCACCUGCUAUGAUGGAUUUAUGCUGGCCCACGACGGACACAACUGUCUCGAUGUGGACGAGUGUCUGGACAACAAUGGCGGAUGCCAGCAAGUGUGUGUCAACACCAUGGGGAGCUACGAGUGUCUGUGCACAGAGGGCUUCUUCCUCAGUGACAACCAGCAUACCUGCAUCCACCGCUCUGAUGAUGGGAUGAACUGCAUGAACAAGGACCACGGCUGCGCCCACAUCUGCAGAGAGGCUCCAGGCAAAGGCGGGGUGUCGUGCGAGUGCCGUCCUGGCUUUGAGCUGGCCAAAAACCAGAAAGACUGUACAUUGACGUGUAACUAUGGAAACGGCGGUUGUCAGCACACAUGUGAUGACACGGACACAGGGCCAGUGUGUGGCUGCCAUCAGAAAUACGCCCUGCAUUCAGACAGCAAGACCUGCAUCGAGAAAGAUGAGGCUGCAAUUGAGAGCUCUGAGUUCAAUGCCACGUCAGUAGCUGAUGUGGACAAGCGGGUGAAACGGCGGCUACUUAUGGAGACCUGCGCUGUGAACAACGGUGGUUGUGACAGGACAUGUAAAGACACGGCCACAGGGGUGCGCUGCAGCUGUCCCGUGGGAUUCACUCUGCAGCCUGAUGGCAAAACCUGUAAAGACAUCGACGAAUGCCAGGAGAACAACGGAGGCUGUGAUCACUUCUGCCGGAACACAGUGGGCUCCUUUGAAUGCAGCUGUCAGAAAGGCCACAAACUGCUCACUGAUGAACGCACAUGCCAAGACAUUGACGAGUGCUCCUUUGAGAGAACCUGCGACCACACCUGCAUCAACUACCCUGGCAGUUUUGAGUGCUUGUGCAACAAGGGAUUCAUCCUGUACGGCCUCACUCAUUGUGGAGACAUAGAUGAGUGCAGCAUCAACAAUGGGAGCUGUGAGUAUGGCUGCAUAAACACUCAGGGCAGCUACGAGUGUGUGUGUCCACCCGGACAGAAACUCCACUGGAACAAGAAAGAUUGCAUCGAGGCGGUGAAAUGUCUGCCCAAUGGUAAACCAGCACCCCGAGCCCAGCUGACCUGCACCAAGAGCGGAGGAGCAGAGGUCUGCUCGCUCUCCUGCCCCUCCAACGCCCUCUUCCUCGCAGACUCAGAGAACAGCUACACCCUGAGCUGCGGCGUGCCGGUUCAGCCUGGUAAAGCUCCCCAGAAGAGGAAUGCCACCACUGCCUUACCCACCUGUGCCGACAUGUUGGCGCCACCCAUUAAACAGAAGGCCAGGUUUAAGAUCAAAGAUGCUAAGUGUCACCUGAGGCCCCGCAACAAGGAGAAACACAGAGAUUCAUCCAAACAGAACCUGCAAGGAGGCCAGUUCCCCUGCACCGACGACUGCCAGGUAACUUUCGUCAACCUCAAGUGCGACUCAUCUAAGAAGCGCAGACGAGGACGCAAGUCGCCUUCAAAAGAGGUUUCCCACAUCACGGCAGAGUUUGAGAUGGAAAUGAAGGAGGAGGAGGCCUCAGACUCGUGUAAUGUGGACUGUGUGCGGGAGAGGAUGAAGCAGAAGCUGCAGAGUGCAAUGCGGACGCUCAGGAAGUCCAUCAACAAGCAGCAGUUUUACAUUCAGUUCUCUGGGACGGAGUACGAGGUGGCUCAGAAACCGUCCAGAGUACCGGAGGGCGCUGAGACUUGCAGCACCGGACAAGUCCUACGAGAGGGAAAGUGUGUGAGCUGUGGUGUGGGGACGUAUUACAGUGGAGAGCAAGAGCAGUGUGUCCAGUGUCCUCCUGGUACGUACCAGGACACGGUGGGUCAGCUGUCCUGUGAGCCGUGUCCCAGCACUGAAGGACAAGGAGUCGCUGGAGCCAAGAAUGUGUCUCAGUGUGGAGGUCAGUGUCCAGCUGGUCAUUUCUCUGCCGAUGGGUUUCGUCCAUGCCAGCCCUGUGCGCUGGGCUCAUACCAGCCUGAACCAGGCCGAGUCCUCUGCUUCCCCUGUGGAGGAGGCCUCAUGACCAAGUAUGAAGGAUCAGUCUCUUUCAGGGACUGUGAGGCCAAAGUGCACUGCGCUCCUGGACAUUACUACAACUCCAGUACCCACCGCUGUAUCCGCUGCCCAGCCGGAACCUACCAGUCUGAGUUUGGGCAGAACUACUGCAUCACUUGCCCCGGGAACACCACCACGGACUUUGACGGUGCCACCAACGUCUCCCACUGCAAAAACCAGCUGUGUGGAGGUGAGCUGGGAGAGUACACAGGCUACAUUGAGUCUCCUAACUACCCUGGAGAUUAUCCGUCCAAUGUGGACUGUGUCUGGACCAUCAACCCACCACACAAGAGGCGGAUUCUCAUUGUGGUACCGGAGAUCUUCCUCCCCAUCGAGGAUGAGUGUGGAGAUGUACUUGUCAUGAGGAAGAGCGCCGUGCCCACUUCCAUCACCACCUAUGAGACGUGUCAGACCUAUGAGCGGCCCAUCGCCUUCACCUCUCGCUCUCGCAAGCUCUGGAUCCAGUUCAAGUCCAAUGAGGGUAACAGUGGCAAAGGUUUCCAAGUUCCAUAUGUCACCUAUGAUGAGGACUACCAGCAGCUCAUAGAGGACAUAGUGCGAGAUGGCAGGCUUUACGCUUCUGAGAACCACCAGGAGAUACUGAAGGACAAGAAACUGAUAAAAGCUUUGUUUGAUGUGCUGGCCCACCCCCAGAACUACUUCAAGUACACAGCACAGGAGUCCAAAGAGAUGUUCCCCCGCUCCUUCAUCAAGCUGCUGCGCUCCAAAGUCACCAGGUUCUUACGGCCGUACAAAUAGACCCCCAUAAGACCCCCAUCAUCCUGCGUCAUUCCAAAUCCAGCUCCCCACUUCUCCCCUGCCUUGGUUCAAUCGUUGAUGUACCUGUUCUAUGACUAAACGCCUUCAUUUCCUGUAUUUGUCCUCAAUGCUGUUUGUCACAUGAUGCCUUUCCUCAUCUUUAAACCCUUUAAGUAGUAAUACAUGAUUAACUGACAUUCCUCCCUCCAGUUAAUGCAGCUUUCUCUAUUUGGUUUGACCGAUAUGGGUUUUUUGAAGGCCAGUUUUAAUAGUUUUAGAAUGUAGCAGAAGAUACAUGAUAUACUGUGUGUGUAUAUAUUGUUUCUUUAAAUUUGACCGUUAUACAUACAUAUAUAUCCAACCAUCCAUUAUCUAUACUGCUUAUCCUUUAAGGGUCGUGAGUGUGGGGUGUCACCAGUUUGUCGCAGGGCAAGGCAUAUACAGACAACCACUCAUACUCACAUUCACACUUAGAAGCAGUUUAGAGUCACCAGUUAACCUAACCUGCACGUCUCUGUGGGAGGAAGCUGCAGUACACAGAGAAAUAGUCAGACACACAGCAGCAGAUGUUUCCCUCAUUUGUCUAAGGUCAGUUAACAUAUCACACUAUAAAAAAACACAAGGCUAAAGCAGCUGUUUUGUGGGUUUAGCAUAUUUAAUAGGGACGCUGUAUCUCAGCUGUUACAGUUUAUAUUGUAAUGUAUAGUGUUAUUGAACAGUGUAAUCAGUUCACUGUGAAAAGAAAUCACAAUUGAUUUCAUGUUUUGCAGACUUGUUAUGUAGCUGUAGUCAGUGGAAGAAUUUGCAUCAGAUCUGUAGUGGACAUUGGUAACUGACUCACAACAGAUACAGAUAGAAAAUGCUCAGCAUUUUACAAUUUGUUAUUAAAGGCUGCUGUUUUUUUAACAGCUUUACAGAUUAGUAACAUGCUGUUAUGUCUCAAAAAUGAAAAUAGCUUUGGGUGCCAGGUGUGAACCCAUGUUUACUCAUAACUGAAAUGUGAGCUCACGACCUGGUAACUGAAAAGUACUAAAAGUAGGAAGGAAGGAAUAAUUUGACUUUGGGAAAACAGGCUUGUUAGCUUUCUUGCUGAUAGAUAAAUGUUCACAUCAAUACCAAUCUCAUGUCUGUAUAGUAAAUAUAACCCUACAGCCAACAGGCUGUUAGCCCAACAGUCAAGGCUAACAGCCUGCUACUGCCUGGCUCUGUCUAAAAGUAACAAAGUCCACCUAACAGCACCUUUAAAAUUCACUAGUUAACAUGCUAUAUCUUGUUUAUUGAAUAUGUCUUUUAAAAAGAAGAUGAAAAAGAGAAGAAAAGGAAGUAUAAAAAUGGCAAGUAGGAAGUUGGUUGGUUAUGUGCCAUUUCUCUGUCAGGUGCAGUAAAAGCUCAUUCCUUUGAAUUAGCACAGAAAACAGUCAUAUCUUUGUACCAGACAGAGUCAUGCUGUUUCUCCCUCUUCCAGUCUUUAUACUUUGUGCUAAGCAAGUUUAACUGUCUCCUUGCUCUAGCCUCAUGUUAAACAUUAUUAUUAUUAUUAUUAUUAUUAUUAUUAUUAUUAUUAUUAUUAUUCAUUUGCAAAGCAUUCAAAAAGUAAUUAAUUUUGCAUUCCUAAAAUAAUUAAAGUAUGUGUUAUCGUAAAGUUGUACCCCCAGUAUUUAAUUUAAGGCCAGUAUCAGUAAACCUAUAUAUCGGUCAAACUCUAUUUCUACUCACCAUAUGCUCUCUUCUUUUCUCCAAACCAUUCUCUGAGUUCUGCACCUUCUUUUGCAAUCUUCUUUUCACUUUGUCCACCUCUCAUUUUAUUUUGCUCUGCUUUGAGUUGUUGUUUUGUUUUUGUAAUAUUUAUACUGAACAUGUCAGAACUUGCAGAAGCCCACAUCACAGAUGUUAUUAGAUAGGACAGACAUAUUAAAUGUGUUAGAAAGUGUAUGUUUGUGUGGACAUACACAGGUGUACAUGCCCACACACAGUGAAUGCACAGUGGUCCCGAUGUGCACGAGACAGAAAUGAGAGAACAAUGGGUGCACUUAAAACACAUUUUAACAUGAAAAAUAAAUUGAAAGAAAUGUUAAAGUCGGGAAAUCUAAACCAUUUCACCUCGAUGGGUGCUUUAUCCAUCGGAGCACAAUGAAAGAUUUAAUGGGGUGAAUCAGAAAGUCAACAUUGUCAUUUUUUUAAUUAAAAAAAUAACAAGAUGAGAGAAACUACCUGCAAGUAACAGAUUGUUACUUUAGAGAGAAAUGUUUGUGAUGUAACUAAUAUUUGGAACUUUAAUUGCACUUGAAUUUUAUAUGUUAAACUGUAGGAGAAAAAAAGAUCUAAGUUACGUAUUUGUUACCUUUUUUGUGUUGUUUUGAAAUGUGCCACAUGUGGCAGCAAUGAGAGAGAAAGACAGCUGUCUCCUGGUAUUGCUCUCAAUCUGUAGCUUACAGUUAGCCCCCAGACUCUCUCAGUUACAGUAGGUUCAAACCCCAUUCAUGCACACAGCGAGGAAACAUAGACUGAAGCGUCAACAUCUCAGAACCCGAGACUGUAUGUUCAACUAAAUCUCUCAAAGAAAAGACAGUGCAACGUUGCAUCACUCAAACUUCCCACUACAGUGUUUUCACUGCCCAGUCCUGCUUCAUCUCUUAAGCAUGUCCUAUAGCUGCCAGAGAGAUGGAGCAUCACCAUAAAGGCUUCUUGUAUGAUGGCACUACAUACAUACAUACAGUACUACUACAGUAUAUACCUGUUUCUAAAAUACUAAUAUCUGCAUUCACCAAGAUGCACUCUCUUUCCAUUAAAUAGGAAGUAUAGUGUGUAUACUAUGCUUUUCUUUUAUAACCCAACUAAAUGUUUUUGUGUCAUUCCCAUUGGUACUAAUAUGUCUAUGAAAUCCUAUACUGCAUAUUGAAGAUGGACUCGAUAUCUGCACAAUGCGAACGCGACUGGAGUUGAAAAACGUGUACAGUGUGACUGGGGUGUUGGUCUGGAGGUCAGUCUAGUGACAGGGACACAGUCGUAAUAAGAGGUAUUUCCUGUCAAAGUGUCUGUGUGUUUGUAGCACUUGCAGCUUCAACUGUCAGCCAGUGAACUCUGUCUGUGUUUUAUGUUGUUCAUAAAGAAGCUAGCUUCCCCUGACAAAUGGUAAAAAAAAAAAUGCAUUUGUAUAUGUGCAUAUGCAUAUACAUGUAAUAUUCCUUAUUGGUGUUAAUGCUUCUUUAGUUACUAAACCCAGCAGUCUCAUUAUUCAUGGAAGGAGAAAGUUCCUACUCUUUGUGCUGGGCACAAGGAUGAUGAGGGGGUGUCAUUGCUAAUUUUCUUAUCAAAGCCCACUCAUUUUGGUUGAAAUAAACAUCCUGGACAUUUUGCAUAUUAUAGCUCUCAUUUUUCAAAGCAUAGGUCUUAAGGUUUCCUUACACCUGUGUCAGCACUAUAGAAAUAAACUUUCAUAAUUGUAAUGUAGUUGAGAUAACAGUGAACAAUUAGUUGCUUAAUUUUUACUGAAGUUUUCAUAGCUGUGUAUAUGUGUGGUAUUUCAUUUGGAAGCUUUUUUAGAAUGCUCCUUACUGGGGUGUUCCAGGACAUAUUGAGUUGAGUUCAUAAUGUUGUUGUUAGAGCAGCAGCUUUUUAAAAUCAAGCCUGUAGCCAAAGAUAAGCUUAAUAGGCUCAAUAUGAAACACAAUCUCUGUAGCUGACAAAACAGUCUCACCUCAAGGUCCAUUUAGUAGCUGAUCUGGAGCUUUAAAUCAUAUCGCACAGUCUUCAUCAGCGGAUGGACUUUGCAGAGUUGAGUGGAAUGAGCAAUGAAAAUGAAAUUGCUGAAAUAUUUCGUUUUUGUGAGCAUGCUUCAGAGUUCAGUCAUGACCAAACUCCAUUAGCUGAUGAAGAUCAUGCAAGAUGCUUGAAAGCACAUUAAUCACUGAGUGGGCAUUGAGGUUAGGUUUUCUUAUCAACUGCAUUUUCUGUGGUGAACUUCAUUUUUCCUGCCCGGCUGUAUACUGUCAAGUUACUGUAUUAUUCAAAUAUCACAGGGAUAAUCCAGUCACAAAAUGUGGGUCAUGUAGAUAUACACCAUCACAUCUCUGUGCUCAGAUCAGUGUUGCUGUGAACAUUUUGACAAACCUAGGUUUCCUUUGGGGAAAUAGCAACGCAGCACCUGCUAGCUAGCAAGCUGGGUGGUUGGUGACACAGGAACACUCCUGGAGUUCCAAAAUGUCAUUAUUGUUUAUCUUGUUUACCUUUUAACUUUAAGAUAUGAUAAUAAAAGUGACUAAAAAUCACUACUGAUAGAUUUUUCCAGUUUCUGCACAUUGAUUUUCAUAGUGUCCUGAAAUAAAACUAGUGGCUUGAAGGUAGGAAAUCAAUCAAAGAUCUUAUGCUUUGGAAAAUGGUCUGAAAUCACAUGAAGUAAGCAAAACCACAAGUAUGGUCCUGCAUAGCAGUAAACUGCUCAUAUUUCAGGGUUUUAUUCCAAAACAAGAUAUUGAAUAGUUGAGAGAAUCAGUAACAAAAUGGGAAAUCAUUAAAAGGUAUAUAUUUCUAUUGGCAUCGGCUGAUAAUCACCCCUUAGAAUAGAUAAACUCUUUAACCAUCACCCCAAAUGUCAAAUCAUUUGUCCAAAAAUGAAAGCAUACUGUUGUUAGGUAUAGUUCUAGGCCUUACCAAAUAGCUGCCACACAGACAUGUUAUGGUACGGCCUACUUCCUGUUUGAAGUGGGCACUGUUCACUAUGAGUGUUAUGGAAAAUGAUAUGAAAUGCUCUAAAAUUUAUGAUUGACUGUUUUCUUUUCCUGAGAAUGUAUUCUGUUGUGAAUGGGUGGGUGCAUGUGGUGUGUGAAUGUCUGAGAAUGAAUGUAUGAGCAGCAAGUGUGAGUGUUUCUGUUUGUGUGUGUGUGUGUGUGUGUGUGUGUGUGUGUGUGAGCAGUGAGUUUUUGUGCUGGACGUCUGUGAUAGAGAAAGAGACUGUGUAUGUGUGUACUUAAGUCCAUUUUGUAGAGGAAUAAUUUUAACGUUUGUGUUAGUCGGUUGUACCCAAAGAGAGAAUCUGUAACGCAGUGUUGUGCCAUUGUUUGGUCCAUGAAACUCCAGUACUGAACAAAUUAAAUAAAACAGUAGCAGAAAACAGA